AUGCCGCCGCUGCGCUUCAACGCGGACCUGUCCGAGGCCCAAGACAAACAGAUACAUGGAGUCUCUGACUUGGUCCACGGUGAGGAAUCGGGCAACCUCAAGUUUACAUAUCGCCACGACAGUCUCCCUGAGCCUGUUGUUGUUCAUAUGAUUGCCCAUGAUUGCAUGUCUUAUCCCAAAAACUCGGGCUUUAUUGUUUUCUCGGAAUUCGACAAUGGCGCUGAUGACCUCGCUUUGCGCCUCGAUAAUCUCUCCCAAAAGAACAAGUGGUCCAGCAUUGAAGAGGCUGUGCGGGUCAUUUCAGAAACAAUCACUUCCAGCAUUGAGAAGGGCGAAGAUAGUCCGUCAGAAAACUCAGAGGACCAAACAUGGGAGAUUGGUAGCGACCAUGAGGAGUUUGAUCCAAUGGAAACCUCUAGCGACAAUGGCGACCAUGAACGAAUGUCCGACCUAAUGGACGUUGUCCGGCCGCUAAGUCCGCAGGCACUGGCUAACCUGAGGACCUCUUUGCGAAAAGCUCAAAGCGCAGGAAUAAUUGUCGGCAUAUACCCACGUCUUGAAGACAACUCUCCCGAAGUCAUCUCUCUCUCUGCCCCAGCAACGUGCCUUGGCGUCGCUCCCAGCAUUCUGGAAUCCUGGGGUCUCAAACAAACCGACAACCUAGUAUUGCUUAUAAAAAUUACCUCAGAAUACCCGAAUCUUGACGACUUGCUCCGGUAUUCAAGCCGUCAAAACGUUCUGCAGUUUCGUUUCGGGAGAUGCCAGGGCGAGAAACCCUCCGCGGCCUCUAUCCAGUCUGCCUACCGCGAUACAAAAUACUCCUCAAAAGACAACGACAUCGGGAACAUCGUCGUUGAGAAUGCCAAGCUUCCAUUCGAGCUCAUAAGAAUGUCCAGCUCACUGGAGAAGCUACUCAACUCUGAUUUCAUCGGCUUGCUUCGGGCCAGGAGGAUGCACAGGACUUUUUGGCCCCAUGUCCAGCAUAUUAUGUCAACCAUUCAACUGCUGUCCACCGCGCAAAACAGCGUCGACCAAGGUAUUGAUGUCGAGUUUCUGAAGUCACAGGUCGAUCACGUACCCUGGCAGAGCCUCGAAGGCUUAAUCUCCCAGGACGGCGCAUUGGACAGUGCAGAAUCUUUUAGCCUACCGCUUGUUGCCAUGCAGUUCGCCCUUCAUCGACUCGCAAAUUGCACGCGCUACUGCAUGGUAUGCAACUCAUGCCUGGAUCAAGGAUCCUCAGCUGUAAAACCAUAUGUUUGCUCCAAAUCGCUUUGCUUGUUUCAGUACUUGUCACUCGGCCUGGGAUCAAGCAUUGAGCACGAGAUUAUCACUUCUCCAUACGUCGUGGACAUGCUAAUCUGCUUUUUUUACACCGCGCUGUCACAAAAUUCUUGUCGCGAGCUCCCUGAUGGACUCAGUAUUAAAGCUGCGUAUGUUAACAGCCAGGAGGCUCAGCGAGGCUACGUCACCGCAGUCGCAGACAUGAAGGCAAGGAUAAUUCGGGACCUUGACUUUUCUAGACUGCUGGAUGGACAUACCGAAAAACCUAUCAACGAGAUCUUACGCCCUGGUGACCGCCUUGUGAUUAUUUAUCGAGAGGCUGAAGCGCCAUCUGCGUUAUUCCCAGGCGUGGUUGUAAAAUCGUGGUGUCAACUUACAGCAUUCGUCGGUGGAGAGUGGACAUUCGAGUGCUACCAUGUCGACCGUUCAGCAGCAGGAUGCACCACGAGCCCGCCACAUUAUGACCUUCCUAUCGCCUUGCUUAAGGGAGGCAACUGGCACGGAGUGCAUUUGUUUGGGUAUUGGCAAAAUAUUGACAAGUUCGGUGACAAGGAGCGAAGUCUUGCACUGCUCAACAUUCUGGACGGGAUACCCUCAGUCCUUGACAUGCGAGACUAUUUGGUGGCCCAACCUGGUAGGCGGUUGGCGAGUUGGAGCCGGCUCAAUGCAUCCGAGUUGGCAGUUUUGAACUGGACUGUGGCUUCCAAUCGGUCAUUACUUGUGCAAGACGACUAUGUUGUGACAGACCCGGAAAUAUCCCGUGGUUUACCUCCCGUGACCUCCCGGAACAAAACCAGCCUCCCAGGGAAGACUGAAAGCGCAGAGACGGCUAACGAGACGUGGAUGCAGUUUCGAUUUGUCCAAGGCGCGCCGGAGAGGGAGCAAAGGUUUGAGCAGAAAGCGACCCAACUGCUGCAAGUGACGAAGACUCCCACGAUAUUUGCCUGGCAUGGAAGCCGGUUGAAGAACUGGCACAGCAUCAUCCGAACAGGGCUUGACUUUUCCGUCACGGAAAAUGGUCGGGCAAGCGGUGAUGGCGUGUAUUUUAGCAGUGAAAUGGGCACUAGCAUGUCCUACUGUGCUCGCAUGUGGACUACAAGUCAACUGUGUUAUGCGCGAGAUUGCUGGGCCAAGUCGGAGCUUCAAAUAAGCUCUGCCAUUGCUGUAUGCGAGUUGAUCAAUUGUCCUUCUGAGUUUGUUAGCCGGUCGCCGCAUUACGUCGUCAGUAAUCUGGACUGGAUCCAAUGCCGUUAUCUACUCGUGUCGACAAGGCCGUCCUCAAGAGCCAUGACAUUUGCAUGUUACGAACAGAAGAGCCACGAGACACCUGCAUACGUGUUGCAAGAUGCCAAUGCAUCCAUAAGAAGUUGCUCACAGGUUAUCGAAAUACCUAUUGUGGCUAUUCCAUUUGAUCGACGCGCUUUGCAGGCGAGAGAGCCGCCCCAAACACCAACAGCUGCAGCAAAGGCGGCAAAGGCGGCUUCUUCCACGGAGAGCAUCGCGCCGUCCAAUUUUCACUAUGAUGUCGAUGACGUGCAACUGUAUCUGGGUGCUGAAGGCGUUGAAGAUGGUCUCCAUUCCUCUACGGCGAAACGACGGGGGUCCGAAGGCUCUGAUUCUUCCCGAUGCCCCCAGUCCUUUAGCAAGCGCCACAAACUCAGUCUUGAGUUACUUCCCACUAGAAACCUAGCAAAGCCAGACCAGACGCGCAAUCCACUGACGUUUGACCCUGAAAACCUCAAUAUGAAAUCGCUCCGCCUUCUCGGCGCCCCAAUCUGGGCAUCCACCUCGAAGCAAGCAGUCCGGCGGCUCACAAUGGACCUCAGGGACCUGCACCACCGGCAGACGACGCUGGGCGACCUCUCCGCCGGCUACUACGUGCACACAGACAAGUCGGACAACAUGUUUCAGUGGAUCGUCGAGCUCUUCCACUUUGAUCCGACGCUCCCCCUCGCCGGCGACAUGCAGCGGCUGGGCUGCCCGAGCGUCGUCCUCGAGUGCCGCUUCGGCCCCAACUACCCCAUGACGCCGCCCUUUGUGCGCGUCAUCCGACCGCAGAUGGUCCCCUUUGCGCGCGGCGGCGGCGGCCACGUCACCGCGGGCGGCGCCGUCUGCCUCGAGCUCCUGACCACCUCGGGCUGGAACCCGGUGGUGCACAUUGAUAAUGUCCUGCUCCAGGUCCACGCCGCCCUCGGCGAGCCGGAGCGGCCCGCGCGCAUCGACGAGGCCGCGCUGGGGCAGGAUUACGGCGUCGCCGAGGCGGUGGAGGCGUUUAAGCGGCUCGCGCAGACGCAUCAAUGGGGAGUGCCUCCUGAUUUUGCGCUUAUUGCGGCGCCGAGUUGGUGA